AUGACUGACGUCAAAACGCGACGCUCGGCACCAGAGCACCUCGAGCACUUGAGCUCUCCCAAGCGGCAGCGCAUCCAAGACCCAAGCCCUUCAAAUCCCAUCACUGCAUCGACUUCUGCAACCAUGACGCAAACAAAUGGAGUUUCAUAUACUCCCCUACAAGGGAAGGUGUAUGGCAUUACAGGUGGCGCAAGCGGCAUCGGUCUGGCUACGUCGCAAGCACUCUCCCGCAAAGGGGCGACAGUGUGCAUUGCAGACAUUGAUCCCAAGGCCAUGAAAGAAGCUGAGGAAUACUUUGGGGGCUUGGGGGCGCCGCACAUGAUCACGAGGGUGGACGUCUCGAAGCGAAAGCAGGUUGACGACUGGGUUACGUCCAUCAUUGAGAAGUACGGGCGUCUGGAUGGUGCGGCAAAUGUCGCAGGCGUGAUUGGCAAAGAUCAUGGAAUUGCAUCCGUUGCUGAGCUGGAUGACGACGAGUGGGAUAAGAUUAUUGGCGUAAACUUGACAGGCACAAUGUAUUGUCUGCGGGCUGAGCUGCGGAACGUUGUUGAUGGUGGUUCCAUUGUCAAUGUCUCGUCAAUUCAUGGACUAAAAGGCAAGUUUCCCCCAAAUCAAGCACAACACGUACACGCCGCCUACGAUGCCAGUAAACACGGUAUGGUCGGUCUCACCAAGGCGGCCGCCCUCGAAAACGGCGAUCGUGAGAUCCGUGUAAACUCCGUUGCUCCCGGCGCCAUCUACACCCCACUGAUGCAAAAGAACUGGGACUUUGCGGGAAGACCCAAAGACGCGCCGUUUGAUGAUCCUUCUGCAUUUAAGAGACAAGGCACGGCAGAGGAGACGGCAAACGUCAUUGUGUUCCUGUUGGGCCCGGAGAGUACAUUUGUUAGUGGGAGCGUGUACCAGGUGGAUGGGGCUUGGAUAUAA